AUGAGAAACAAGACAUAUGCUUCUCUAGUUGGAAGCAUUAUGUACGUACAAGUAUGUACAAGGCCAGACCUAGCCUUGUGCAUUAGCAAGAUGAGGAGAUUUCAGUCAAAUCUAGGAACGCAACAUUGGAUAGGUGGAAAGAAGAUUCUAAGGUAUCUACAGAGACCAAAGGAUUACAUGUUGAUUUACAAACGUAUAGAGAAUUUAGAGCUUGUUGGUUAUGCUAAUGCGAAUCUUGGAAAAGCAGAGGAUGAUUACAUUUCUGCUUCAGGUUUUCUUUUCAAGAUGGCAGGAGCAUCUGUUGCUUGGAAGAGUGCUAAACAAUCUGGUGUUUCAAGUUCAACUAUGUUUUCAAAAUACAUAGCUUGCUAUGAAGCCACUUCUCAUGCAGUAUGGCUAAGGAAUUUUAUCAAAGACAUUAAGGUGGUGGACUCGAUUUCAAGACCAGUGUAG